GGUGCGGAUAAAGGUGAUGGUGGCAGAGGAGCAGCGGAAGAGGCCCCGAACGGACGACGGACAUUCCAUCUACUAGACCUCGCAAAUGCCCAGCUGGACUUGCCUGAAGGUCUUCAGGAUAUUCUAAAUGGUGACUACGUCAACCUAAACCUCCCAGUCUUGUUGGGCCAGCUCAACCUCAACCAGAUUUGCCAGCAGAUUAAAGACAAUGAGAUUCAACGUGAAGACAUCUGCUUCUAUCAGUUGAAUGUUGUUUGUCAGGAUGAGGCCUUUAGAGCCAGAAUGGGGGACGCCAGCUCCAAGUUCCCCUAUUCCGGGAUGCUCUACAGGUCCAGGCUGGAUUUGGGGACUUUCGAUGAGUGCGUGGAGCUGGAUGUUACUAGAGAAGGCAUAAGGGUGCUUGGGAAGCACUGCGUUGCUGGCCUGGUCAUCCCUACCAAGCCCUUGGGAUCACCUGAUCUGCUAGAAGGCGCUCAUCGCCUCUCCACCUGUCUGCCCGACAAGUGCUCCGCCCAGUAUCUCCUGGAGCUGGCCAACCUCAGCUUCGUCUACCCGCUGUUUAAUGACUUCAGCUGCUCAACCAGCGAGACUGGCUCUGAGUUCACUUGGGACGACUAUGUGGUCAUCCUGUUCUUUGCCUUGGUGGUCUUGGUGUUGCUUGGCGCCACUGCCUACGACUGGUACGCCGUAGGGAAACGCCAUGUUCUAGUGCAGGCCUUUUCAAUGCUUCACAAUGGGCGCAAGCUACUGCAAAUAUCACGCGGAUCUAGUGACCAAGUGUUGGUAAUUCAUGGCUUGCGCGUGAUCAGCAUGAUGUGGAUCGUGGCUGGCCAUUCAUUCGUCUCAAAGGAGGAUAAAGUUGAUAAUGUCGAAGCCACUCUCAGAUUUCAAUUCAGCCGCAAAAGCUUCUACAUCACCACCGCCUACCUGGCCGUAGACACUUUCUUCUUCCUAUCCGGGUUUAUGUUGCCCUAUCAGUACCUAAAGGCCAAGCCGCAGCCUUUAAAGGAGCACGUCAAGCGCGUCCCAGCCCUCAUCCUCCACAGAUACGUCAGGUUGACCCCAGUGGCCUUCGUGGCCUUCAUCACCUUCACCUCAGUGUUCAAGCACUUGGGGAACGGGCCGCUCUUCCACCUGGCCCUCAAGCAGGAGCGCGACUAUUGUCUCGACUAUUGGUGGUCCUACUUUACUUAUCUGCAGAAUUAUGUCAACCAUCAGGAUGUGUGCUUGGUUCACACGUGGUAUAUCUCAGCCGACUGGCAGAUGUUUCUGAUCUCGCCCCUCAUUCUGAUCCCUGUCGCUUUGGCAGUGCGGCGCCAUUUCAAAGCGGUCAUGGUGGGCUUGGGGGUGGUCAAUGUGCUGGUCGCUGCCGUUCCGAUAGCUCUCAAAUUUACCUUUGAGGACUACGACAACGCUUUCGAGACCCAUUCGAGGCUGACAGGGUACUUCAUCGGCUUCGGCUUGGGGGUGUUCAUGAGGGAGCGAAGCGACCAGAAGCUUCGCUGCAGCAAAUUGACCAACGCGGCGCUCUGGGCUGUGGCGCUGCUGCUGUUGGCUGCAGCCACUGCAGCGUACAAAGAACUUCAACUCAUGAUACACUCUGAGCAGGAUCAGAGCUACAGCACGUGGGUUAUAGUGCUGAGAAGCGGUUGGUGUCUGGGGCUCUGCUGGGUGGUUUACGCGUGUCACAACGGGCGCGGCGGCGCUAUCAACUGGUUGCUGACCACGCCGCUGGUGCAGGUGCUCAGCAAGCUGACCUACUGCAUGUACUUCACGCAUUUGAGCUUCGUUUUGUACUUCAACGCCACCACGCGCUCACUGAAGUUGUUCAGCCAGUUCGGGGAGAUCUGGGAUGCCAUCAGCGUCUACAUGAUGACGAUGGUGUUAUCGGUGUUCGCCACCAUGGCCUUUGAAUCGCCCAUCAUUGUCCUGGAAAAGCACUUGUUAAGCGGACGAGGUUUGCUGCAGGCGAAGCGCACACACGGUUUUAAUGGCCCGGACAUCACGAAUGUGCCACAGUAAACAGUUUCUCUACGGGUUAACAACGUUUUUCCCCAGAAAACUGGGAAACCCAUGAGAGCCAGACAUUCUUGUAAUCAAUGGAUGAAAUGAUGUUAUGAACCUAAUAAAGUUGUCGUUUUUAAAAAAGUUA